UUCAAGUGUGGUUGUGGUGGAGGCUUCUUUGCACGCGCUGUUUCUUUCUUUUUGGUCGGGUUGUGUGAGAAGGCGAAGUGGUCUCUUUUCUUGCAUUCUUAUUUUAGCAUAUCUGCUCAGUAAUCGAUUUCAAGUUAUAUUCAAGCCAGAACCGGGCAGAAAAUGAUGCAGGGAAACAGGAGUUCCCGUAUGGAUCGUAUGGGAAUGGACCGCAUGGAUCGAGGUGAUCGUAUGGACCGCAUGGAUCGUAUGGAUCAACAGAACUAUGGUGGUAGGAGGCAGCCAUAUUAUCAACAGCAGCAGCAGCAGUACCACCAGCAGCAUGAGAUGAUGAUGAUGGAGGAGCCCUCACUAUCCUCUCCAGCAAAUGGGGAGGAAGAGCAGCGUGCACUGCCGUCAGGAGUUGUCCUUGACUUGAGUAACUUUCGUAAACCUGGCGAGAAGACCUACACUCAGAGAAGCCGCCUGUUUGUUGGCAACCUGCCACCUGAUAUCACAGAAGAGGAGCUGAAGAAAAUGUUUGAAAAGUACGGUGAACCUGGAGAGAUCUUCAUAAACAAAGAUAGAGGCUUUGGUUUCAUUAGAUUGGAAACAAGAACUUUGGCAGAGAUAGCCAAGAUAGAAUUGGACAAUCUCCCUUUGCGAGGAAAACAACUCAGAGUUCGCUUUGCUUCUCACAGUGCAGCACUGUCUGUGAGGAAUCUGCCGCAGUAUAUAUCAAAUGAGAUGCUGGAAGAAGCCUUUUCCAUUUUUGGACAAGUGGAAAGAGCUAUUGUGAUUGUGGAUGAUAGAGGGAGACAAACUGGGAAAGGCAUAGUUGAAUUUGCAGGAAAGCCAGCUGCAAGGAAGGCUCUUGACAGAUGCACAGAAGGUGCCUUUCUUCUGAACGCUUUUCCUCGGCCUGUGACUGUUGAGCCUAUGGAACAAUUUGAUGAUGAAGAAGGUCUGCCAGAGAAACUUAUGGUGAAGAACAAUGCAUAUCAUGCUGAACGGGAGCAGCCACCCAGAUUUGCUCAGCCUGGGUCCUUUGAAUAUGAGUAUGCCAUGCGGUGGAAGGCUAUGAUAGAAAUGGAGAAACAGCAGCAAGAGCAAGUGGACAGGAAUAUACAUGAUGCUAAAGAUAAGCUAGAGCUGGAAUUAGAAGCAGCCAGACAGGAGCAUCAAGUCAUGAUGAUGAGACAAGAUUUAAUAAGACGUCAGGAAGAGCUUCGUAGAAUGGAAGAGCUUCAUAAUCAGGAAGUUCAGAAACGGAAGCAGAUUGAAAUGAGACAAGAGGAGGAACGCCGCAGACGUGAGGAAGAAAUGAGGCGCCAGCAAGAGGAAAUGAUGAGACGCUACGGUUACAAAAGCUACCAUGAUAGGGAGCAAGAGAUGAGAAUGGGAUCAAUGGGCAUGGGAGUCUCUAUGGGAAUGAGUCGAAGUCUUGGCAGUGUUGAUGGCAAUCCUGGUGCUGGAACAGGUGGCAGUAGCAACACAAAUAUACCUGCAACCCCUCCAUCUCUAAUGGGAGAUACUGGCAUGGGAAUGAGACAGGAAGGCUGGGGCAAGGAUGGACAGAGAGAACAGGACUUGAGGAUGGGAUCAAUGGGCAUGACAGGCUCGAUGGGGAUGAACAAUAGAGGAGCUCUUGGUGGUGGAGGUGGUGCUGCUGCCACUACUGGUGCCGGCGGCAGCAGCAAUACUAACAACGCAAACGUCACUGCUACCCCAGCAGCUCUUAUGCCAGACAGCAACGUAGGAAUGAGUAAUGAACGCUUCACUGCAGCCACCACACCCGAAGGACAAGGAGCAGUAAGUGGAAAUCAGUCCGGAUUCAACAGAGGAACCCCCCCGUCUGAAUUUGGUCCAAAUAAAAGACGUAGAUAUUAGUUGCCUGGUUGUGCGCUCCCAGGAAAUGGUUGUCUUGAUAAUGGUUUAUCAUUCCAAAGUGUUCCGUCUGUGUUGAAAUGAACACGGUCCAGUAUGCUUUCUCCUUUCUAAGAUAGAUCUUGGAUAAGAGUUUUAAACUUCACAUUCAGAAGUGUUUUUCUGUAUUCAAAGUGCAUCCGUUAAACCAUUUGAAUGCCUCUAAAAUGGCUAUUCAGUAUGUAAUUAAAGGCCUAUUCUAAGUUUUUUUUGUAGGUUUUUACUUGGUCCAUUUCUGUUAAGCUGUACAUACUGACCCUACCCAAAAAUCCUUGGUUUUGCUCCAGCAUGAGUUAACUGUAAACAGGUUAUGAUAAAUCUGCUUUUGUGUUGUCUGUGUUUUGUUAUUGGUAAAGCUGUCAUGGACAGCUGAAGUUUUAUUUUGUCUUUACACAACAGUGAAAAUUGGAACAAAUAAAAUUUUAUAACAACCCUG